AUGCUUGACAAAGAGAUGAAAAGAAUUUACAUUGAUCUCUACAAUCUGCUAUUCGGCCCGCUGAACGAGGUGAUAAAAUCACUCAAGAAGUUUGAUAAAUACGCCGACGAGGCCGCUAAAAGAAUUAUCGCUGACCUCCACGCGUACGUCUACAAAGAAAUAAAGGCAGCCGAAGAGACUCUUAUCAGGGAGGCACGCCGGCAGUAUGUCUCCAACAUCAAGGAGGCGCUGACGGCCUUCGCCCAGAAGGUGGAAGAGGAGCUGCGGGAGUUGCCGUGGGAGAUCGACAGUGACCUGAGACUGGAGUACAAGGGCCUUAUGGCCCGAGUGGAGGACGGCCUGCAAAAUGACCUCAACGUCGAGAAACUCAAGGAAGUGAAGAGCCUCCCGCUUCUGUCCUCCGCUUUCAUGCGUUUCUACUCGUCACUCGAGGACCACGUGGACAGGGAGAUAAAUCGGUUCCACGAGGAGGAGCAGAGGAAGAAAAAUCCCAAACGGCAGGACGGACAGGAGUAUUCCACUAGGCUCUCCGCGGUGAACGAGGCACUCCACGCAUUGCUCCAAUACCUCAAGGACAACGAUACCUUCGACCACAGACUCCAAGCGCUGCUCCGCAAACUCACCGACGCGCUGAGUCACCUCAAGCCGGAGAGCUUCGCCAAGCCCUCAAGUCCCCUACUGGACGGCCUGGUGGAGGGGCUCACAAAGUUCGCCGACGAGUUCACAUGUGCGUACGUCUCAAGAUACGCCGGCGCACAGUUCACCGAUGAAGAAGGUGAGAAGUGCGCCAAGGUCUUUCUCACCACGCUGCCCACACUGUGCGACGCCUUCACCAGGCUGGCGGAGCAGUGCAAGACUGGCGGCAAGUGGAGGGAUCUGAGCAUUAAUUCAAGCAGUCAACUAGGCACGUUCCUCCAGCGCUGCGGCUACAGGGUCUCCACCUCUCCCUCUGACCAGGACGGCGAGCUGCGCGACGACUGCAACGGCCGCGACGUGUUUGUCCUCGUCACCCAGAACAUUAGGAAUACCGAAGACAACGAACACCUCAAAAAAUGCCUGUCCCUCACACACGCCUGUAAUCUCUUACAGCUCCUCAAAUGCCUCUGCACGCACCUCCACCAGUACUACCAGACGUGCCACCUCAAGGUGCAUCCCUCACCCCGGCCGCCGUGUUCCAUCUACGAGAUGCUGACAUGGUGCUGCGGGCUUACGUACAACGCCGUGUACCUGGGCCUCAACUCCGAAGCGCUGCCCUCGCUGUUCGAGGCGGAUGAGCAGGGCUCUGCGGACUCCGACGUGUCCCUCACUGACCUCGGCAGCCUGGCGCUGCCCGCCCACCCGCAGCACAUCACUCUCACUUCCCUCACCGACGCACUCACGGACGUCUGCCACACGUCGCAUUCAGUGCUCACCACGUUACUCGGCCACGGCCACGCAGGUGGCAUAUACGCCUGCGACUUCAACACCAACCCGGCAGGCCUGCUCUACCCCGGCGACGCCGACGCUUUGCUCUGCCUGCUGUACGAUGUGCUCAAACGCCUCCACCAACAGCUGUAUCUCCUCUACCGCCGGUGCCUCUACAACGCCCGGCACGGCGGAUGGCUCGACUGCUGGUACGGCCGGGGCGUCGGAGGCUCAUCGUGGCGGUGCAACACCAUGCAGUGUGCCAACCAAAUAUGUGACCAACAGUGCAACCAAACACACAACCAAAUAUGUAACCAACGCUGUGACCAACACCCUAAGUGCGGCCUUAAGUCGCCGCUCCAGUCGUUCCUCGAGGACGGCCUGGUGGGAUUCCUGCCGCAUAACCUGUCCCCCAAGGACACCUGUGUCUCAUGCUCCGGCUGUGACACCAAGUCACCCGGCCUGCCGUGCAAGACGCCCAUGGGCCUCUCCAACAUUACCAGGCUGGCCUCCCGUGCCUCCACAGGCCGACACAUCAUGGACGUUCUCGGCGCCUUCUGCGGCGGCGCAUCGUCGCCCUUCGCCAGGCUGUGCGGCUACCUGGAAUGCCUCCUCACCCGUCCGCCCCGGACGCCAGACGACCUGUUCGCCUUCUACUUCAACUUCAUAUCUGGGUGGCGUAAGGGCGGCGAGCACCGUAAGGCGGCCUUCGAGGACGCCGUCGGCGACGCGUGCUUCUGGCAGAGGGACGUGACACUGGACGUCUCUGCAAUCUUCGGCACCAGUGACCAUGGCACCCUGCCAAAUAUGCCUCACCUCACCGGGGACCUCUUCUCCCUCGUCGACUGCAACGGCACUCCACGCUCCGCUCCGUCACACCCCUGCGGCCCCUACCUCAAGCCCCUCGGCCACGACGUCCGUGCCACCUUCUCCAAGGCACACGCUCACCUCUACCUCUCGUGGAUAGUGUACCUCACGGAGACAUUCUACGACCUGCUCAAGCAACUGCUCCGGGACUGCGAGCGCACCUGCGCCGACGCCACAUCCAACUGCCACGCCAGGAGCUGCGACAACCAAUGCACAGCCAAGCGUCUUCCCAUGGCCCCGAGCUCCGAGCACCAUGAUUCAUGCCCCUCCAUCGCGGACUGCGACUCCACCACGCCCACACUCUUCCGGUACGGCUUCGUGCACAGGGACGUCCACAGCCUCGCCGGAUCCACCAGCGGCCACCCAGCCAAGCGGACCUGCCAGGAUCUCUGCACGGCACUGCAAGUCGCCGUCAAGCAGAUGAACCCUCUCCACAGGCUGGCGCACGACACCAUCCCCGAGUACCUCUACCGCAUCCGUGCGCCCUUCCUCUACACCAUCACAGCACUCUGGUCUAUCGCCACGCUCUACAUCGCCCACACGAUGCUCUACCGCAUGGACGUGCUUCGCAUCCGCUCCCAUCUCCUCACCACCAGGGCAUCCCACCUCAUCGACGUCAAGGCGCUGCUCGCCGGCAGCCGCAGGAUGCUCUCGCUCUACAAGGACGUCGACUACUUCGACGAUGACUUUCACUCGUGA